GUUAUUAAUAUCCAGGCUGAAAUUGGGAAUGGAUAUUAAUAACGAAAUUGCUUCACCAUGUGGAGUUCGUCGACCAUGUUGAACACAGAUUUCAUCGGCGGAGAAAAAACACUCAACUUCCCGAAUUUUGAUCCAUCAUCUGGGGAAGGAAAAACAGCGGAUGAUAGCACCCACAGCACCGCGUCGAGCGAGGAAAUACCACCGGUGUCACUUGAAACAUUGGGAAGCGAAGAUGACGCCAAAAGUUUUAACAGUGAUGAUUAUGCCGGAAGCAAGAGCGAUUAUGAGAGUGAAGAAGCUUGGAGGGAGACGAAGGAGUACAAUAGACGGUUGAUUGAGUCAGAGGUGGCCUAUCAGCGUGCACUGUCCUUUCUAUUUCUUAUACGGUUGUCAAUUAUAGUGACUUAAAAUAGAUUAUUUGGUUCUGUAAUUGUUAAGUUUAACUGUGUUGUUAGGGUUUUGAUGUCCUCCCUGUACCAGCUUGUAUCCAUUCUGGCGGAGUACAACCACUCUACUCGGAGGAGACUUUGGAGGCGUAUGUGGAGGAGGAUUCAGAUGAGGAUUCACAUGAGGACUCAGAAGAGGAUUCUGAGGACGACGAUAAGUAUCGAUCUCAUUAUAGCUUCGUGAAGGAGUACACCUCCAUGGCCAUUGAUCAGUACAAUGCUGAUAACAAUGCAAAGCUGGAACUAGUGCGGAUUAAGAAAGUAAAUUAUGGACCUUGUUGUGGUUUCAAUUACUAUAUAACAAUCCUUGCCAAAGACACCAUUUCGGGAGAGGUGAAGACUCUUCAAGCCGAGGCUUACCAUUCCGCAUUCAAAUCAGAGAGGAGUUUGACUUUCGUGAGGUUGGCACCAGGACAGCAAUGAUAGCCCAUUCAAGUGCGCAUGGGAAUAGUAAAUUUGAGAUGCUGGAGAAUGUUGGCUGAGCUACAAAUAAACGGAACUGCUCAUUGAUGUAAGUGUUAUAAGGAGAACUUCAAGGGUGCUUGGGAGGAACCUUGCUACUACUCCCUAAUUAUUAUUACGGAGUAUUAUUAUUACCACCAUGAUCAUCAUCAUUUUUAUUGUUAGCGUCACCAUUAUUAUUAUUAUUGUUACCUUCACUAAUACUAUGUAUUAGUGUUCUUAUUAUCUAUGAUUACCAUUAUUACCAUCAAAAGUUAUCAUUACCC